AUGGUUAGUCAACAAGUGCCGGCACAACCUCAAGCGACCCGACCACGGAUGUCACUCUACCGCUACUUCAUCCGCCUAUGCGAUCGCCUCGAGCUCAUCCUGCUGCGCUACGUGGACAAGGACCCUUAUGCGCAGGGGGACUUUGAAGCUUACAAGAAAGAACGCAAUGAGGCAUGGGCGGAGGAUUACACGGUCAAAGAGGCUGUUUUGACGACGGCUAUCGCCACUUCUGGCCCUGAGACAACAAUGGCUACAACUGAGUGCCAGAGACCAGUCGAGGGAAACCGCACGCCUCUCGACCCUAUAACAACGGAAAUAGAAGAUCAUGCGAUGAAUGAAGGGAAGGGAAGGGAUGUAGAGGUGUUUUCAGGGGUUAGUUUCGGAAUAGAGCCGGCGAAUUCAGGAGACCAAGAUGCAAAGAAUGACAGCACUCCUCUAAGGGGCGGGAAAGGUGUAGAUGUACCCGUCAAGCGACGACAUACGGAUGGGGUAAAGCGGCACAACGUUUCAAGGCCGAAAACUUUGCUCUCUGUCAUUGAAUCCAGACUAAGCGAGGCAAGACGCCGCAAGAGGAAGAAAUCAGAUGCCAGGCCAGGAUACUUCAACCCCGGCCCUUCUUUAGCAGGAGAUGGCGGCGCCAGAAUGAAGGGAGACGAGGAAGAAGGGGAUAAGCUGGUUAUGAAUGUCCCCACCAACUUAUAG